CUAUGUGGGGGAAAAAAAAGCCAUUUUCUGGCGCUGCUGCAAGAUCUAACGUUAACCAACUCAAAAUAAUUUACCUGUAUCCACGUCGGGAGGUACGGGUGUUUUUCAUGUCAAAUCAGAUCCUUCCAGAUGGAUAAAAUGCAACCCAGUCGGCUAAAAAUCACAGAGCUGAAUCCUAACCUGAUAUGCCCACUGUGUGUGGGCUACUUCAUCGAUGCCACAACCAUUGUGGAGUGCUUGCACUCAUUCUGCAAGACGUGCAUUGUUGCCUUCCUGGAAACCAACAAGUUCUGCCCCAGAUGUGAUGUGCAAGUACACAAGACGUGUCCACAGCUCAGCAUCAGGUCAGACAAGACUCUACAGGACAUUGUAUACAAGUUGGUGCCUGGAUUAUUCAAAGAUGAGAUGAAACGAAGGCGGGACUUCUACACAAACCAGGAAAACCAACACCUGGAGCCAGGAGAAGUGGUGGAGGAGCCGACUAUUAUUGCAGAAGAUGAAAUCAUCAGUCUCUCCAUUCAGUUCCAUGAGAAGAUCAAAAGUGACACACAACCUGUGGAUACAGAAGGAGACAAUACCAACAGCAAACGCUUCCUGCAAUGCCCGGCAGCCAUGACAGUCCUGCACUUAGCCAAGUUCCUGCGUAGCAAGAUGGACAUUCCGAACACCUUACGGAUUGAAGUGCUCUACGCUGAUGAGCCCUUAAAGGACUACUACACGCUGAUGGAUAUUGCCUACAUGUAUUCUUGGCGACGUAAUGGCCCCCUCCCCCUGCAGUACUGUGUCAAGCCCACCCGGAAGCGUCGGAGGCUGUCCCAAGGUGCCGCCCAGGCCCACUCCGACGGUGUCAACACAAGCCCCACCUCUGAGAGCGACUCCCACAGCGACAAGGCCCUGAGCCCGGCUGGUCAGGUCCCCAGAGCCUCCACCCUGCCCAGCCCUGCCCUCCGAGGCCAACCCUCUACCCUUCAGAGCCCCAGCGGUACCACAGGACCCAACGGUACUCAACGGCUCCCUCUAGCCUCCAAGUCGGGGAGCAACGCCCGCAAGGUGAACGUCAACGGCAAAAGCAAUGGAGCAGCGACUGAGACUAGGGGAGGGGACAAAGGGGCGGUAUCACCCCCAACCUAAAUCUGAUACAUCCCAGAAACAUGGAGAGUGAAACAGAAUUGCCCCAAAAUGUCGGAGUAGCCCCUCAAUGGACUAAUGGACAGACCAAGAGAAAAUCUGCCAAGAGAGUACUGAGGGAGAGGGCGAUUGUGAUCAGUAAACAGACUGUCAAGUGCAGCCAAAUAGACAUUUCAUUUCAAUGUGUGUGUGUCUGUGCAUUAGAGUAAACAUGCAUACAAAAUGUACAAUAUGUAUCCAAUGUGAGCAUUCGUACAUACCUGGUCAUGUAUAUAGAGUAUCUUUUAUACAGGAUAUUGUAAUUGUUUUGUUUUUGUAUGAUAUGCAGUCGGUUCAACGAUUCCUUUCCCCAAGUCUUCACAAUUAAUUUGGCUUUAAAAUAUCAAUUGACAAAAUGCUGAAUGGCAUUGCGAUGCGAUUGUCUAUCUGUAUGGGUAUGUAAUAUAUAUACACACACGCAGUUGAAGUCUGAAGUUUACAUACACCGUAGCCAAAUAUAUUUAAACUCAGUUUUUCACAAUUCCUGACAUAUAAUCCCAGUAAACAUUUCCUGUCCUAGGUCAGUUAGGAUCACCACUUUAUUUUAAGAAUGUGAAUUGUCAGAGUAAUAGUCGAGAGAAUGAUUUAUUUCAGCUUUUAUUUCUUUCAUCACAUUCCCACUGGGUCAGAAGUUUACAUACACUCAAUUAGUAUUUGGUAGCAUUGCCUUUAAAUUGGGUCUAACAUUUUAAGGUAGCCUUCCACAAGCUUCCUACAAUAAAUUGGGUGAAUUUUGGCCCGUUCCUCCUGACAGAGCUGUUGUAACUGAGUCAGGUUUGUAGGCCUUGCUCGCACACUUUUUUUUCUUCAGUUCUGCCCACAAUUUUUUUUAUAGGAUUGAGGUCAGGGCUUUGUGAUGGCCACUCCAAUACCUUGACUUUGUUGUCCUUAAGCCAUUUUGCCACAACUUUGGAAGUAUUUAAUUUUUUAUUUUACCUUUAUUUUACUAGGCAAGUCAGUUAAGAACAAAUUCUUAUUUUCAAUGACGGCCUAGGAACAGUGGGUUAACUGCCUGUUCAGGGGCAGAACGACAGAGUUGUAACUUGUCAGCUCGGGGAUUUGAACUUGCAACCUUUCGGUUGCUAGUCCAACGCUCUAACCACUAGGCUACCCUGCUUGGGGUCAUUGUCUAUUUUGAAGACCCAUUUGCGACCAAGCUUUAACUUCCUGACUGAUGUCUUGAGAUGUUGCUUCAAAAUAACCACACAAUGUUCCUGCCUCAUGAUGCCAUUUAUUUUGUGAAGUGCACCAGUCCCUCCUGCAGCAAAGCACCCCCACAACAUGAUGCUGCAACCCCCGUGCUUCACAGUUGGGAUGGUGUUCUUCGGCUUGCAAGCCUCCCCCUUUUUCCUCCAAACCUAACGAUGGUCAUUAUGGCAAACCAGUUAUAUUUUUGUUUCAUCAGAUCAGAGGAUAUUUAUCGAAAAAGUACUAUCUUUGUUCCAAUAUGCAGUUGCAAACCGUAGUAUUGCUUUUUUUAUGGCGGUUUUGAAGCAGUGGCUUCUUCCUUGCUGAGUGGCCUUUCCUGUUAUGUCGAUAUAGGACUCGUUUUACUGUGGAUUUAGAUACUUUUGCACCUGUUUCCUCCAGCAUCUUCACAAGGCCCUUUGCUUUGCUGUUGUUCUGGGAUUGAUUUGCACUUUUCGCACCAAAGUCCAUUCAUCUCCAGGAGACAGAAUGUGUCUCCUUCCUGAGAGGUAUGACUGCUGCGUGGUCCCAUGGUGUUAAUACUUGCGUACAAUUGUUUUAUAGAUGAACGUGGUAUCUUCAGGCUUUUGGAAAUUGUCCCCAAGAAUGAAGCAGACUUGUGGAGGUCUACAAUUUUUUUUCUGGGGUCUUGGCUGAUUUCUUUUGAUUUUCCCAUGAUAUCAAGCAAAGAGGCACUGAGUUUGAUGGUAGGCCUUGAAAUACAUCCACAGGUACACCUCCAAUUGACUCAAAUGAUUUGAAUUAGCCUAUCAGAAGAUUCUAAAGCCAUGACAUCAUUUUCUGGACAAGCUGUUUAAAGGCACAGUCAACUUAGUGUAUGUAAACUUCUGACCCACUGGAAAUGUGAUACAGUGAAUUAUAAGUGAAAUAAUCUGUAAACAAUUGUUGGAAAAAUUACUUGUGUCAUGCACAAAGUAGAUGUCCUAACCGACUUGCCAGAAUUAUAGUUUGUUAACAAGACAUUUGUGGAGUGGUUGAAAAACUAGUUUUAAUGACUCCAACCUAAGUGUAUGUAAACUUCUGACUACAACUGUAUAUGUAUAUAUAUAUAAAACCUAGAAAUAUAAAGGCAAGAUCUGUCUUCUUGCCGUCAGUCAUACUGUAUAUAAUAACUCUGGUGUAUGUAGAUAGAUGCAGUACUUUCAACUGGUAAUGGCCCCAAUCACCAAGGACAAUAGAUAUGUACGAAACGUUUGAUGCACUUUCUUUGAAAUGCAGAUCACAGUAUGCGAGUACUAAACUUCCCUGUGCUUUGACAUUAGAAAAGCCAUUAUAUUUAUCAAGCCUCAAGCAGCACUACAAUCGUCUGAAAAACGUAGCUUACUGUACGUUUCUCAGCGUUACAUACCGGUACCCGUUCUACUCACAUCAGAGAAAUGAGCUCAAAGGGAAUUGUAUAUCUGACCAUGUACACCUUGUUGUAUUUUCAUACACUUUUGACAUUCCCUCAAUGUAUAUUUUGACCAUUCAAUGAUAUUAUUCUAAAAUAUCAGCCAUAUGUGCAUGUUUAGGUCAUUAAAAUGUUUACUUGCUUGGUUUUGA